UGGCGGCACGAGUCUCGGAGGGUUGUUCAUGGCCUUUGUCUCUGUGGCGCAGUUGAUAUCAACAUGAAUGCGAUAAAAGUGCAUACACUCGCCAGAAUGAUAACUUAAUGACAGGAAAUGCACGAAAACACAGAUACACUCGAAGGAGUAAUCAAGCAAUUCAAAAUACCAGCUUUAACCGAAGUGAAUCCCUUGCGGGAGUGAAAUAAAAGUGUAUAGUGUACAUUGAUAAUUGUGAUGGUGGCCUGGCUUUCACCAAAACACUACAGUCAUCAGUGUACUGGGAGGAACCAAGAUAUGAUCAUCAUUUACUUCUCUUAAUACACGAGUGAAAUAAAAGUUCAGUCUUCAAUGAUAACCUGAGCUCCAUAAAAUACUAGAAAGGAACAAGAUAAUGUUUUAUCGUUCCCUCUCAAUACCCAGGAAGAUCUAAUCAAAUCUUACAUGUGCAGGUAUGAAUGAGGAAAAGAAUAAGUGCAAUGGAAAAAUUAGUGCAAAUGGCGGCCUCAGACGGAGUGCAGAGAACAAGAGGUCACUGGGAAUGAGCGUCAUGAAGUGAAGGGAAGAAAGUGCACGGUGAGGAGGCUGCGGGCUCAGGGGAGUUGCUUCCUGCAGGAGCAUGCUGGGAGCGAGCCGGGGAGUGGCGGCGGUGCGAGGUGGGGUGGCCAGGUUGAGGCAGAGUCGUGCUGCUGUGGUGGUGCUGGUGUACGCCGCGCUGGUGUUGGACAACAUGCUGCUCACCGUCGUUGUGCCCAUCAUCCCAGAAUACCUGUACCAACUGGAGCACCGCCAUGUCCCAGUUUCACUCAACACCACCACCAUCGCCACACCCUCGUCCUUCGUCACCACCUUCUCAUCUCCUGAUGCGUCCUCGUCCUUUUUGGAAAGGGACGAGAAUCUUACACCUCAGUCCUUGAAGGCGGCGAGUCGACGGACGCUCACUCCAGCACACAAGACACAAGUGAGAGAACCUGUUGCUUCCAUUCAGCCUUCCUCCCCUCGACUGUCGCUGCGAGUGGAUAGUAAAGGAGAUCAAACCAAAUCUCUUCGUGAACUGAACGACAAUGAAAAACGUGCAACAGUUGAUAUAAGUGACUUCAAAAUCCUGCAGCUUCCACGCUGGUAUCGGAGGCUCAGGAGUAAGCGUGCUUUUCGGCAAAUAGAUGGUGCUUUGGUUGGAGGUGAAAGAAGGAUGCUUGAUGAAUACUUCCAAGAACUGCCAACUAAACACAAAACACAAAGCCAACAGAUAGCAAGUGAAAACAACAUGAGCCGGUUUGCUAGAAAUGAACAGAUUCUAGAUGGCUCAUCACUGGAAUUUCUCACAACUAAGAAACGAGUGUUGCUUUCCCCCCGGAGACAUCGAACAUCUGAGGCACCUCCAACGUCCAAGGAGCCAAAACAAACUAAUAAAACAAAGGACAGCAAACCCACAAAACCCACAGCCUCCGUUUCUGGUCUUGCUGUGAGGGAAAGGGAGAUGUACAAGGAUAUCAACGACGAGAACUGGAAGGUGGGAAUGCUGCUGUCCUCCAAGGCUCUGGUGCAGCUGAUGGUUAACCCGAUGGUAGGCUCUCUCACUGCCCACAUCGGAUACUCUCUGCCACUCGUCUUCGGCACCCACAACCUCCUGCUUUCCGCUGUCUUGUUCGCCAGCGCGCAAGACUUCAUUCUCAUGUUCCUGGCCCGAAGUCUUCAGGGCGUCGCCUCAGCCUGUAUCGCCGUCUCAGGCAUGGGCAUCAUCGCUGAGCUCUUCACGGACGACGGGGAGCGGGGCCGUGUGCAGGGCCUCGUCAUGGGCGGCAUAGCGCUUGGGGUCCUCACUGGAUACCCUCUCGGCAGUCUACUUUACGACUUCAUGGAUUCCAAGACACCACCUUUCCUCGUCGUGGCGGUGCUCACGGUGGUCCUGGGAAUCGUGCAGGUGGUGGUGCUCAACCCUCGCAAGGUGCCCGAGCGCAUGGUAACGGUGACUCCCUUGAGCCAGCUGGUACAGGACCCCUACAUCGUGGUGACCGCUGGAGCCGUGAUGGUGGCCACCUCCACGCUAGCGGUGUUGGAGCCUUGCCUGCCCAUCUGGCUCAUCGACAAUUUACAUCUACAGAAAUGGCAGCUGGGUGUAGUAUUCAUCCCAGAUAGCGUGGGAUACUUCCUAGGCACCAGCUGCACGGCGGGACCCUCCUACACUCUUGGCCGAUGGCGGGCUGCCCUGCUGGCCAUGAUGCUCGUGGCGCUAGCAGCAGCCACUGUGCCGGAGGCGACUUCCCUAUUUGCACUAUCUGGACCUCAUCUGUUCCUGGGCAUGGGCGUGGGCACUGUGGACGCCGCCCUUAUGCCCCUCCUGGCAGCUCUGGUCGACACCCGCCAUGUGGGAGCUUAUGGAGCAGUGUACUCCAUCGCCCAGGCUGCAGUAGCCCUUGCCUACUUCUUAGGGCCUCUGGUGGGCAGCGCCAUGGUGGAGGUGAUAGGCUUCCCGUGGCUGAUGCGUUCCAUGGCCUUCCUCAACUUGUGCUACUGUCCCCUUCUUUGCUUCCUCGGCGCUCACGAGACCACAACCGCCUCUGCGUCAGAGACGCAGGCUAUCCUCAUGGCAGCCCCACAGCCUAACGACUACCUGAGCCACAUCACCACUGUCGUGCAGCCCAACAGACAGUCCUCGGUCACCUACCACCAAUUAUUUGACGAGGACGACGACGACUAAAAUUCAAGGAUCAAGAGACAAUUAUUAGAAAUGCUUGUGAGGAGCUAAUCUCCUCCGGGCAUACUCGGCACGUGCUCGAUUCGCCAUUGCUUGAUAAAUGCUGGUGUUAUUGCUUGUCAGUUGUAAGGUGCUCCUGUUUGUAAGAAACUGUCUUUUGUGACUUGUCUUGUCUUGUAUCUUGUCAUGGUAUGUCUGUUAAGUUUUUCUGUCUUUUGAUUAAGAUGAAUGUCCCUUGAAGUACCUAAGCAAGGUGGAAUAAGGGAAUCAGUAUUUAGCAAAAAGGGUGAAUGUAAGGGUUCAGCCAGUAUGUUAAUAUAUGUUUCAUG